AGAAGCCAUUGAACAGAACAAGUGGGGGAAGUACUGAAGGCUUGGCAAGAUCAUGGCGAGCAGCAACGGAGGAGGAAGAGAAGAAGAGCAACUGAAACGAUUGGCAGAGGAACUGAGCAAAAACCUCAAGGAAGGUGAGAGAAUUCUCGCACCCACUAGGAGACCCGACGGUACCCUCCGGAAGCCAAUCCGGAUUAGGGCCGGCUAUGUCCCUCAAGAGGAAGUCGCCAUUUACCAAUCUAAAGGCACCCUGUGGAAAAAGGAGAUGUCUUCACAGGUGGGGCCUCCAGGUUAUGAUCCUGAAUUGGAUACAAAACCCAAGACUAAGUCGGUAAAGAGGAAUGAAAGAAAGAAGGAGAAGCGGCUACAGGCUGCCCUUGAAAAGGGUAAGAACUUGGAACAAACAGUAGCCGGGGAGAUAAUAACGGAAGAGCCACUACCUGUCGAAGAUUUAGGUACUGAAUUGGAAUCUGUCAAGCAGUUAACAUCUCAGAUGAAUGAGCUAGCUGUUUCCACAAAUGCUACUGUAAUUUCCCCUCCCUUGGACUCCACGAAGGAGUCAAAUUCAGGAAACCCAGUUCAGGAUAUUGAUAAAAGGAUUCGAGCACUUAAAAAGAAGAUUCGACUUACAGAAGCUCAACAGCAGAAAAGUGCACAAGAUAUGAAGCCAGAACAGGUGGAAAAAUGGACGAAGCUUGAAGGCUGGCGAAAGGAACUAAAACUUUUGGAGGAUAAAAAGGCUGAAAGGGCAGUAUCGUGAACUAGGAUUGGGUGGAGAAACUGUAUGGUCGGAACUGGAGUUCAUCUGUCUCUUUGGUUCUUGUCAGCUGUUUUGUACAAAACAUCUCGAUUGACCAUGUGAGUUCAUUGUUGCAGUUGUUCCACCACUCAGGAUUUAGCAAUUUUUUCGUACUAAACAAUUGCUUCAAAUGCAUGAUUCCCAAGUCCAAA